GUCUUUUUAUUUAUAUCGUAAUAUCUAUAUGUAAUCCACAUGGACUAUAGGCGCAACAAGCCAGCUGGCGGCAGGUGUCAUUCCCCUAUGAAAAUAUGCAAUAUCCAAGCUUGCAGUCGCCAGUGCUGCCCAUCUCUCGCACACAUUCACAAAUAUGGACCUCUCUUUCGGCAAACCUAUGUGAAUGUCACGUCGUUUAUUUUAUUUUAAGUACCAGGCAAAUAUUUGAGAGUAGGGAAAAAUCUAAAUAAAUAAUUAAUCAGGCCUAUUCAAUGUGUUUGCUUCGAUAACAAGAAAUUCCUUAAUUCGAUAUCGUAAACAAUAGCAUUUGUCAUAAACAAAGCCAAGCGCUCGUAAGCCACAAAUUCAGCUUCAGUAGAAAACGCAACUUGUGGCAUCGAGUCUGUCGAGCAAUAAUUGCAGCUUAGGGUUGUGAUAUAAUAAAGUGUGCCUUAAAUUUUGAACAAUCGAAUGGAUGCACACGGUGCCAAACGAGCCGCUGAACGUAAGUUGUCAAAAUCAAAUUAAAUCCAUUUCUAAAUCAGUUUCGACUUCCCUUUCCAUAGCCAAUGCCUAUGAGCAGCUGGCCAAGAAGAUCUGGCGUCCCACCAUCACCGAUUCACAGCUGGCCAUGCCCGUUCAUAUUGAUGAUUCGCCUCCGCCCGAUUCGGAGUCUCUCAUGGAGCCGAGUGCAGCGGCCACAUCUGGUUUUUUGAAUGAGGUACUGAAUGCACUCUAUGGCGAUACCACUGGCCAUCCGGAGAACGGCAGCUUUAGCUAUCAUAAGGCAGCCGAGCAUUAUGCGCUCUCCGGUGACGAUUAUCAGCCGCAGACGCAGACGCAGCCCCAGGCUCCACAGCAGACCCAGUCAUAUGCAGCGGGUGGUGCACAGAAAUCGCAGCAGCCGCCGCCGCCCGGCUUCGAGCGAGGAGCUAAGGCACUCUACGAUCGCAAGCAGCCAGCAAUCGUUGGGCACAGCGCACGUCCUGGCGCUAGCUCUGCCUAUAGUCAGCUGUUGCCGGGACUGCCGCAUCAGCAGGGCUCGCAUGGAGGCAGCGAUCUAAGCGGUCGCGGGGCCGGACCACCAGGCGCCGCUUCCAUUAACGAACUUUCGCAGCUGUAUUUGCAGCUGUUGCAGCAGCAACUGCCGCAACAACAGGCACAGCAGCAGCAGCACUUGGUUGCCGGCGCCUCGAACAACAUGUCCAUGCCCAUCUAUGGCAUGGCCUCGGGCAACGCCAAUGACAUAACCCAGGUGUAUGCCCAGCUGCUGGCGGCCAAUUUGCGUCAGAAUGCCACACAACAUCAUCAGCAGCAGCAACUGCAGCACCAGCAACAGCAGCAGCAACAGCAUCAUCAUCAGCAUCAUCAUCAGCAGUUGCACCAGCAGCAGCAACAGCAGCAGCAGCAACAGCAACAGCAACAACAGCAGCAGCAGCAGCAACAGUCGUCCAAUGCGGCAGCUGCCGCUAUACUCUACGAGGCAAUGCUGCAGCAACGCGCGCUACAGCACCAUCAGCUGCAGCAACAGCAAUUGCAGCAGCAACAGGCGCAGCUGCAGCAGCAACAGCAGCAACAGGCCCAACAAAUGCCACGCACGCCGCGGGGCAUCUACGGCGGCAACUUCUCAGCUGCUGGCAACAAGCCGCCAACGCCGGACAACAAAUAAUUAAAAAAAAAAACAUACAAUUUUACAAAAUUUUUGACAAUAUGUAGUUUCUCAGGCAGAGCUCCAUUCGAUUAUUUUGCAAUUUUUUUUUGUCGGCCAACAAAAUAAUUUUACAAAUUUAUUUCAAC